UCAAAAAAUGGCAAGUGAUUGAGUGCUAAGUGGUGGCUAAAUAUUUUGAUUUAGUAUUUUUAACAUUCUCUACAUUGUGUUUAAUUUAACAGCCGUAUUCCUGAUCAGUUGUGAUUGUGCUCAGUGUAUCUCUUCGUUGUUGUAUUCAUGUUGUCAUCACAUAAACAACGAUGUCCGAAAAUAAAAACAUCAAUAGUCCUCUUGAAAAGGAUCAAGUCGAAGUCGAUUCCAAUUUAGCAGUAUCUAAAGGUGAUGUUGCUAGUGUGACGGGUAGAAGUAGCACAGCAACCACUAAGCUUUCAACAACAGCAGAGAGGCAAAUUAAAUUUGAAAGAGCUCAGAAGUGCUUGGAAAAUGCUGCACUUGUAUCUAAAAAGAUUAAAGAGCAUCGUAAAGCUACAGCAGAAUUAUUGGGUCGGCCAUUUGAGGAUGAUACUACAGACACACAAUCAGAGAUGGCAACCGCCGUGAGUGAGAAAACAGGUUAUUCAGUAGCUACUGACACAUCCACAACUUUAUCAGUCCAAGAUGCACUGAACAUUCCAGGUAUUAGUGAAAGUUUAGCAAACACUUUGAAGCAAAAGGAAAUUUUAAUGGAAAGAAUAAAACAAUAUAAGGAAAUAAGUAAAAGACCAAGGAAUCCAAUUGUUGUUAAGAAAAAGGAACUGGCACUGGAAAGUACAGAAUUAAGCAAGAGUUCUGAUCCCAGUGAGGUGUCCAAUUUAAUGACUAUUGUGAAAGAUAAAGAAAAUGCAUUAAGUGUCAUGCAAGUAAAGUUAAGGGCAAUGGAGACCACCAUUUUGGACUUACAAGAAAAAAUUAAUGAAAAAGACCAAAUAAUAGAAGCAAAAAAUAAAGCCACAACUCUUAUAUCUGACAGUUUAACUAAAAAAGAAAAGGAUACUUUACAUUUACUAGAAGACACCAAAGAGCAAAUGUCUAAAAUGCAACAAAAUUUUGUAACUAUGGAGUCUGAAUGGAAGGAAGAAAAGCUUAAGCUACUAUCAGAAAUUGAAGAGAAAAAUGAAAAAAUUAAAAGUCUCAGUGAGGCAAAUACUAUACUUGAAAAUUCUCGAUUUGAAAUAAGUAUAGCUCAUUCCAAGCUUAUUGAAGAACUUGAAUUAAAAAAUCAAGAAAUUAAAGAACUACAAGAACAGAUAUCCAAACUAGCAAAAACACAAGAAUCCAUACUUGAAACUGAGCCACAGCAGGUAGAAGAGAAAGGUUCCAAGGAAAUUGCAGAUAUGGAAGAAUUAACUAAAAAAAUUGAGCUAUUAGAGCAAAUUAAUUAUCAAAUACGACAAACUAAUAAGGAACUUGAAAAUCAGCUCACUUCAGUAAAUCUUGACCCCAAACCAAGUACCACAGCAAGCUCACCUAGCAAGAAGGGCAGCCCCCUGCCAACACGCAAAGGUGGUAGAAAUACAUCUGCUAAAUUGAAAUCCCCUUGGAGCAAGCUUUCAGCAGAAUCCCUUAAUCAAGAACCCGAGAAGAAGACAGGAAAAGCAGAUGCUGGAAAGACAGAAAUAAUUUUACAAGCUCUUAAUAAAGAUAUUUUAGAAAAGGAAUAUGCUAUAUCACAAAAAGAAGCUGUUAUAAUAAAUUUACAAGCUGAUAACAAACAGAAGGAUGAUAUUAUAAAUGAACUUAAAUCACAAAUUAUUUCAAAAACUGUUGAAAAAGUAGAUGUAGAAAUAAGUACGGAGAAAAUUAAAGAAGAUGAGACUUACCCAACAUCUGAAACUUCUAGUGGGCAACAAGAUGUUAAAGACCUGGAAGAAAAAUUAAAAUUAGCUCAAGAGCAAAUUGCAUCAUUAAAUGAAGAAAUUGAUGCUGCAAACAAAAAUAUGAUUAAGGUGAAAUCAAAUUCGAAAUUAAAAUUAAAACAAAUGCAGAAAACUAUUGAGAACUUUAGUAAGGUAUCUGACACAAAUGCUGAAAUCCUGCGCCUCAAUGAAGAAAUACAUCAAUUAUCGCAAAAGGUAGCAGAACUAGAAGAAGAGAAAGGUAAUCUACAAUUACAUCUCGUAGAUUAUGACAGUGGAAGAUUAACAGAUACUGAGGUGUAUAAGAAAAUGGUUGAAAUGGAGAACUUAGCAGAAACUAGAUUGAAAUCCAUAAGUUUGCUAGAAACACAAAAAUUCGACCUGGUUCAAGAAUUGCAUCUAUUGCAACAAAAGAAUGCAGAAAUGGAAGAUAAAUUAGCAGAUAUAUCACAACUUCAAAAUGAGCAAGUUUGUUCAGAAAUUAAAUCAGUACAAUUAGAAGAACAAAUCGAUGAACUUACUGCCAAUAAAAAAGAGCUAGAAUUGGUAAUAGAAAAUAUAAAACUGGAUAAAGAACAGCUAGAAGGAAAUAUCAAAUUGCUUCAAAGUGAAAAAGAAGAAUUAUUGCAAAAAUUAGAAAAUUACAUACAGGAGAACAUGGAAUUAACUGAUAAACUAGAAAAACUUAGUGCUGAAAAAGUAAGUUCGGCAGAAUCAAUAGAAAUAGUUGACUCUCUUACAACUCAAGAGAAGUUAGAAAUAGAAGAAUAUAAUAAGGGAAUUGAUAGAGACAAAUUGGAUGAUAAUAAUUCUGAGAGCCAAGAUGACUUGAGUUCUAGACAAAAUAUAACUAUCGAUAGUGUUCUUCAAGAAAGUGCCGAAUUAAAAAAUAAAAUUGAAUUAUUUACUCAAGAGAGACAGGAAGUCAUGGAAAAAAUGAAUACAAUUUGUACAGAAAAUAACUCAUUACACAAACAAAUAGAGGACUUCGAAUUUGAAUGUCAAGAAUUAAAACAAACCAUUUCAAUUUUAAACAAUGAAAAAUCUGAAAUUCAAAUGCUAAAUGAGGAAUUGAAUUCCCAAAUUGAAGAAUUAAAGCGCGAAAGAAUCGAAAUAAUUAAAGAAACAGCCGAAACUACAAAACCUUUGACAACUGAAGAUUCCGUUGAUAGCCCUCUGGCUGAAAUUCAUCACGAUGACAAGGCAGCUAGUGACAAAGGAGCAAAAGGUACAAAAUCUGUGAAACAGUUAACUAAAGAGAUAUUAAAAUUGAAAAACGUAAUUAAAGAAAGAGAAGAUGAAAUAGCAGAUUGUCAAAUGAAAAUUCUCUCCCUUGAGGAACAACACCAGAAGCAUUCAGAUUUAUUGAAAAGUAAUAUGGAUUAUGAAAACAAAAUAAAGCAAUUGACCGAAGAAAACAAAAACCUUAAGUUAGAACUGGAUACUGUGACAAAUGGUGCAUCUGAGCAACAACAAUUGCAACUUAAAGAUACAAUUGAGUCCUUGCAUCAAGAAAUACAAAAAAUUCAAAGAGAAUAUAGCGCUGCCAUUACAAGCCGCGAUGCAAAUAUUCAAAAUCUGGAACAAAUGUUAAGAGAAUAUGAAAAGCAGGUAUUUAAUUAUGGUAAUUCGUUGCAGCAAAAAGACAAAGAAAUCAAUGAAUAUAUAAAUCAAAUCACCAAAUUAAAUGACUUAUCUCAGAAAUUAAAAUCUAGAAUAGAAAGCUUAGAAGACGAAAAAGCUAAAGAUCAAAACAGUGAAUUGAUAAAAUCUUUAAAUAAACAAAUAGCUCUUUAUCAAAAUGCACUUGCUGAUUGCGAAGAAAAACUUAGAAUGUUUGAAGAGGAAAAAGCCCAGUUAUCAUCCUUAAAAUCUAAAUUAGAAAAUAAGAACAAUAUACUGGAAACUGACCUAACAAACUUAAAACAGACCUUAAAUGAAAAACAAAAAUUACUAGAAGAGUUACAAUUGCAACAACAAAAACAAAAAGCAGAAUAUUUAGAAAUUAUGACACAAUCUAAAGAACGUGAUGAAGAAAUACACGAAAUUAAAUUACAAUUAAGAAAAGAAUCAAUUGAAAAUGAAAAAUUAAGAACCGCAAUACAACAAAAAGACCUCGCCAUAGAAGAAACUUCAAAGCAAUAUGAACAAGUCAAACAAAAGCUUGAUUCCAUAAAUCUAGACCAAAGUUCUCAAAGUGAUCAGUUUGCAGCAUUAGAAAGUAAAAACAAAGAAUUGAUGGAAAAAUUGAAAAAGUUUGCUUUGAGUAUUAAGAAAAAAUCCUCAAUGUACACUGAGUUAGAACAUCAAUUUAGUGAAUUACAGAAGCAGUAUGAAAUAAAAAUGGAACAAUAUGAACAAGCAAUGAUACAAGUUGAAACCAUACCUGCAUUACAGGAAAAAAUUAAAUAUGCUAACGAGGAACUUAACAACCGUCAAGCAGAGAAAAAUCUACUUGAUAAGAAAAAUCAGGAGAUUCAAAGUGAAAUUACAUCCUUACAAUAUAGAUAUGAAGAAGCUCAACAUGAAAUAAUAAAGUUAAAUGAAAGAAUAGACUUCUUAAAUAAAGACUUGUAUAUAGCUCACGAAGAAAAUGCUAAUGUUAAAUCUAAUUUAGAGAGCUUAAAUAAUAAAUUGGUUGAAUACGAAUUGGAACAAAAGAAUAAUACCAAUCUUUUGACAAAGAUUUCUUGUUUAGAAGCAGAUAUAAACCAAAAACAAUCACAAAUUUCUGAUUUGAUGAAUCAAUUACAAAAUGGGGAACAAAGUUUAAAUCAGAUGCAAUUUGGACACGAAGCUAAAAUUCAAGAACGAGACAUGUAUAUUGAAAACUUACAGAUUGAAAUGGAAAAGUACAAAAAUCGUAUUUGUAGACUUGAAGAAAGUAUUUCUGAAAUGGAAAAUAGACGUCAAUCACUAGAAAGAAAAGCUGAUCAGCUUGAUACACAAUUACAAGAAAAGAGAAAAUCAUAUUCUGAAUAUACAACUCAGGAGGAUGAGCUAAUAACCCGUUUAGCUGUGUUGAUGGAUCAUGAUAGGGUUCUUGAGAAACAAGUCCAUGAAAUAGAAAACGAUAACAAAGAGUUACAGUAUAAAGUUCAAUAUCUCAAUGAAGAGCUACAGAACGUACAAAAAUCAUAUUCAGACUUACAAGUUCAUUGCAAAGCCAUUGAGAGCAAAGCGGCAAAAACUGAAAUUUUGGAAACUGAAAAUAUGUCUUAUCAUGCAAAAAUUGAGAGCCUUGAAAAUAACCUGAAAAAAAUAACUAAUGAACAUAAUAGUCUUCUAGCACAAAGAAAAGUUGAAAUUGAUGAAAUUGAAACUGAAUUUAAUACUCAAAUUGAAGAGGCUAUUAAAGAAAAGAAAUUGCUUAGUGAGAAACUUGAAAAGUUGAAUGAGCAUCUAUCCAAACUAGAAUAUGAAAACCAAGGCUAUAAAACAACAAUAGCAAAUCUUCAUAUCAACUUGGAAGAAUUAACUUCUCAAAAUAUCAAGCUUGCUGAAACAUCCAAAACAGAUAAUCCUGCUAUGCCAGAUUAUACAGAGCAAUAUGUAGCGGAAAUCAAUAAGUUAAAUGCUGCUUUAAAUAACAAAAAUGCACAAUUAACCGAAUACCAAAAUAAAUUACAGAAUUUACAAGCACAACAUAAUACCCUAAAAAGUUCAUUAGAACAAAAAAUUACGGAGUUAUCAUCAAAACUUGCACAAUCUUCAUACCCUCUUGAUGAAUUAACGACAGAAAAUGCAAAAUUAAAAUGCGAUAAUCAGGAACUCGCUAACUUAUUAUACCAGAAGGAAGAUCAGAUCAAACAAUUAAUGGAAAAGAAAAAAGUUGUAUUUGAGAUGAACAUACCAAAAACAGAAGGAAUGACUAUUUCUUCUACUAUAGAAGAAAUGAGCGAUGAACAAAAAUCGGCUACAGAUAUAUCCUCCUUACAAUCGCAAAUACUUUCAGAUGCUGAUAUAUCCAAUAAACAAGCAGAAAUAAUUGUUAAAAAAGAAUUAAAACAUAGCGAAAAGCCAUCAAAUAUUACACAAUUUUCGGAAGGAUCCAUAGAACCUCUUAUUGUACCUAAAAAAACGUAUGUGUGUUUCCAAAAAGAUGAUGAAAUUAAAGAUGAAGAUCCAUUCAAUUCAGAAGAAGGUUGGGGGUUGGAAGAAAAUGCCGAUUCCUAUGAUGUCACACCUGGAACUUCAAAACUAAAUCAAGAAAUACAAAGCUUAAAAGAAACAAACGAACGAUUAAAGAAAGAAUUAGAUGCAUCAAAUGCGAAAUUAUUAAAAGCCAUUAAAAAAUUAAAAGAACUCAAGGCUGCUAACGAUAUGCUAGCCAACGAAUUAAAAUUGUCUAAGCAAAUAUCAAAUUCGUCAUUAUUAGAUAUGGCUAUCGAAAGUGAAUUAGCUAAUAACAUGAAUAUUCUAGAGAAAAAAGUUCAAGAGCUCAACGACGCUCUUUGUAAGGAGAAAAAAGAAAAAGAAGUUCUAACCAAACAGAAUGAAGUUUUUAAAAAUGCAAAUGAAAGGUUAAUAGAAAUGAAAGAAAAAAUGGACAACGAAGUAGAACUGUGGAAAUACAAUUUUAAACAAGCAAAUGAUAAAUUAUCCUCUCAAAAACAAUGUGUCGAAAGCCAGGAUAAUAUUGUGACUCCACCAUCAACAGUGUUAACUAAAAAUGAAACUCAGUUUGAAGAAGAAGUUACAAAACUUGAAAAAGAAAAUGAAGAAUUGCAGUCUAUCGUUGAUAAUAUAUCGCAAACAAACAAAGAACUCACAGAAGAAAUCUUAACAUUAAAGAGUGAAGUAGCAAAUCUAAAUGAAAAAUGUAUGUCAUUAGCAGUCAAUGAAGUAAAUAAGGCUGAAAUAGAAGAUUUGAAAUUAAAAAAUAAAGAAUUAAGCACCAAUUGUUCAGAACUGCAAACAGGACUAUCGGCCUUAGAAUUACAAAAUAAUGAAUUAACAGAAAAAAGUAGACAAGAAAAUAUAAAAUACAAAUCACUAGAAAAUAAGAGCAAAGAGUUAUUUGAGGAAAAUUCAGCUUUAUUAGACAAAAUGCAAUUACUUCGAGUUGAAAGAGAUGAUGCUAUUAAUCAAAUUCAAAUACUUAAAUCUGAUCUUGAAAAUGUAAACAUGCAAUUACAACAAAGCCAACUUGCCGCGGCUCAGAUUGAAGAUAUGAAAACAUUAACAGAAAGUUAUGAAAAAGUUCAGUCUGAAUGUGAGAUUUUAAAACAAAAGGUUGAUAACGCUAGUAAAAUAAUGCAAGAUUUAGAACUUGAAAACAGAACGCUUCUGCAGAAUGCGGAAAAAGCACAGGAGAAAAUAAAUGAGCUUGAAUCAAAAUUACAACAAUUAAAUUCAGAAAAUGAUGAAUUAUUGUCAACAGUUACUGAGUUAAGGUCGUCAAUAUCAAGCGCCAUGGACCAGCGUGGCUUUGAAAUCGCUGAAUUAUGGAAACAACACUUAGCGCAAAGAGAAAAUGAUUUCCAACAAAUUGAACAAGAUCUAAGAUCACAGUUAAAUGCUUCAGAGAGUAAAUAUCAACAACUUCUUGAUUAUGUGCAAUCAUCUACCCAAGAGGAAACUAAUAAAAUUGUAAUUAUUGAGCAAGUAUCAUCUUUACAAAAUAAAUUACAGGAAAAGGAAGAUCAACUCAAUUCACUGCAUGAUAAAUAUACAGAUGUCAUGCAUCAACUUGAAAUGUUACGGUCAGAGAUGGAAGAUGAAAAAUUAAUGAAUGAGAAUAAAAUUCUUGUUCAACAGGAAGAAUAUGAAAAAACCAUUAAGGAAUUAAGAGGUGAAAUGCAAAAGCGAUCCGAGCAGCAGGAAUCUACUGAUGCAUUGAAUCUUGAACUAGUCGCCACGAAAACUGUUAAUGACAGCUUGAACCAACGCAUUGAUGAAAUUAAUAGAGAAUAUGAGUCAAAAAUAUCUGAUUUAAAUAAACAAAUUAAACAAAAAGAAAGUGAAAUAUUCCAGAAAACGCAUGAUUUUACAAUUACGCUCUUAGAUAGGAACACGGAAUUUGAAAAUGUUAGGAAACAGUUAAUAGAAUAUGAAAAGAAAGUUGAAGAUUUGACUUAUGAAAAAGAGUCCGAAUUAGCAGUACUUAGGUUGAAAAUGCAUGAAAAUGAUGAACACUAUGAAAAGAUGCGCCAAGGAUUAGAAGAAGAAAAAGGAAUGAUAGCGGAAGCAUUGAAUGCGAAAAUCGUGGAAUGUACCAAUCUUAACAAGCAAAUAAAUGAUUUGAAUAAAAUUUUAGAAGAAUAUGCAAAUAAAGCAGCUGAAACACAAUUAGUUUUAGAAAGCCAAGAAAUAGAGAUAGUAACUCUAAAAGAUGAAAUUGAGAGUAUGAAGAACGCUUUGAGAUCAGCCAGUAACAAAAUUGAGAAGCACGUUACAUUCGCUUCUGGUACUAAAGAACAUACCGGUAACGUGUCAGAAAGUACACUUAAUAAAGAAUUGCUCGAUGCCGUCCCUAGAGCUGAAUUAGAUUUGGCGUUAUACAUGCUUCAUCAAAGGGACGUUCGCUGCGAGGAACUUACCAUGGAAUUGACACAAUUGUUAGAAGAGAGGGAUACUCUACAACUUCGACUGUCAGAUAGUUUACGUUCUUAUGAAGAGUUGAAGGCGCGAUACGGGUCUGUUGGGCUCGACGUAUCUACUAGCUCAAGUCAAGACACAGUAUCCGAGCUUCCAAGCUUCAGUAUAGAAAAGGAAUCCCACUUUGUGGAUACUCACCGUGCACAUUCGUCGAGAAGUAGCAGCAUAAGCGAAAUGGAUGGAGAAAAACCUAAACUACAAGCUAAGCUAUCAGAGCUGCGCAGCGUGAAGCACAGCCGCGACGUGCGGCUGCGGCACGACAGCGAGCAGCGGCAGCUCGGCAUGCGCCUGCUGAGCCGGGACGUGGCCAACCUGCCGCCCGAGGCCGUGGAGCAGCUCAACCAGGCGCACCAUACGCUAUCUCGGGAUUCACAAAGCACACCUACCGUUCUACUUAAUUGGCUUCGAGGGAAGAGCACUCCGAAAGUUGUCCAUAUGUAAUUUGUAUAUUGUAUGUAAAAGUUAUGUAGUCUUUAGUUAUUAAUAUUAUACACCAAAUGGUUCAUUGUUGAAUUAAAAUUUUUAUUAAAUUAUGUCUGGGACUAUCGUUGAUAAUGUAAACCUUUAGAAUGGGUUAGCCGAAUUUUAACGCUAUAAUUUUGUUUCGAUAGCAAUUCUUAAGAUAUUUUUUAUAUAUUCCACUGUCAAUGUUAUAUUUCUUUCGUUAUGUGCUAGUAAAGUCCUGCAUUUACGCCACCACUGCACUAAGCACAAUUCGAUAAUGUUUGUGGCAACAAAUAACUGUAUAUUGUGCACAUGCGCUUGUCAGCGAAAAACGAAACUUAAUAUGUGUAAUAAUAAAUAGUGUUGUUUUAGAUGUAGUUUCCGUAUAAUCAAUUAGCAAGAUAUUCACAAAUAAUAUUAAAUACAAUACUAUAUUUCAGUUUUCAUUUAUAAUUGACACACUCCGUACUUUCCACAUUUCCUCUUAUUUUAGUUCUAUAUAUCUAACGUGAUCAACUAAUGUUGGUAUUAUUUUGAAUUCCUCUCGUUUCAUUUUUUAUCUAUAUUGUAUUCCUGUAAUUUGUCUAUUCAAUAAUUCUUCGAUAUUUUGUAUUGUGUAAACAUUUUACGAAACGAAACGCAAUCGCUUAUUAUAACGAACGAUCGAACUGUAUAAAAAAUAUUCCAAGAAAAUCUUAGAAUAAAAUAUAUACCACCGUGAUUGUAAUCCAUGAUAUUAUAAUACCAUAUUGUAUGUUACUGUAAUUCGACCAAAAUGAUUAGUGCAAAAAAUAAUGGUGCCUUUAAUUUCUAUUGUAUUGGAGUUAGAUGCUAUUAACCUGUAUUAUUUGUUAAAUAUAAAUUUAAUGCUUCCAUGUAUAUAAUAUUAUUAUGUAUAAUAAUUUAAUUCAAGGUGAUUUGCAGCAUUUGUAUAUGAAAUUGUAUAGUUUAUCAUUAAAUGCUAAUUGAUUGAAA